AUGGCACACUACCACUCGGACGACAGGUCGUCCAAGGACGAGUACGAGCACGACCCGCACGCCGCUGCCGGCGGCUACGCGCACCAGCAGCCGUACUACGGCUCCAACGGGAACAAGGGCGACCUCGCGUCCAACACGUAUGCGCGCGAGCCGCUGUCCGAGGUGUCGUCGGCAGACGACUACAAGGACAUUGACCCCACCUCGGGCGUCAAGCGCGGCCUCAAGACGCGCCACCUGUCCAUGAUGGCGCUUGCGGGGAUUAUCGGUCCUGGACUGCUCAUCGGCUCUGGAGGCGCGCUCAAGAACGGCGGGCCCGCGUCGCUGAUCAUCGGCUUUGGUGUCAUCGGCAUCAUUGCCUUCUCGAUCAUGCAAAGUCUCGGAGAACUCACCACGCUCUACCCCACCGGCGGCGCCUUCACCCACCUCAGCGACCGCUUCGUCGACAAGGCGUUCGGGGCUGCCGUAGGCUGGAACUACUUCAUUAUCUGGGCAUGCGUUCUUGCCAACGAAUACAACGCUUUGAGCUCGAUCAUGGUCUUCUGGAGCGACAAGGUGCCGCUCUGGGGCUAUUUCCUGAUCUUCUGGUUCGCAUUCACGGCCUUCCAGAUGCUCGGCGUCGAGUCAUUCGGCGAGGCAGAGUUCUGGCUCGCCCUGAUCAAGCUCGUCGGCCUAGUCGCCUACUUCCUCUUUUCGAUCAUCUACGUCGGCGGCGGCGUCAAGGGCGUGCCGGCCCUCGGCGCAAAGUACUGGCACGACCCGGGCCCGUUCAACGGUAACGGCUUCCGCGGCGUCGCGACCGUGUUCGUCUUCUGCUCGACCUUUUACGCCGGCGUCGAGAGCGUCGCUGUCGCCGCUACCGAGACCAAGAACCCCGGCCGCGCGGUGCCCCUCGCCAUCCGCCAGGUCUUCUGGCGCAUCAUCUUCAUCUACAUGGGCUCGGCCAUCUUCUUCGGCCUCACCUGCCCCGCCAACUCGGACGGCCUCGUCAACGGCAAGUCGCGCGCGCUCAAGUCGCCCAUGACCAUCGCGAUUCAGACCGCCGGCUGGCACGGCGGCGUGCACCUGAUCAACGCCUUCAUCCUCAUCACCUGUAUCUCGGCCGUCAACUCGUCCAUCUACAUUGGCUCCCGUACCCUCCUCUACAUGGGCCAGGACGGCAAGGCGCCCAAGUUCCUGGGCUGGACGAGCAAGCGCGGCGUGCCGAUUCCCGCCAUCCUGCUCACGAACGCGUGCGGCGCGCUGUCCAUGAUGAACGUGUCCACUGGCGCCGGAAAGGCGUACAGCUACAUUGUCAACCUGUCCGGCGUGUCCACCUUCCUCGUCUGGGGCGCGAUCAGCUUCACGCACAUCCGUUUCCGCAAGGCAUGGCACGCGCAGGGCCACACGACGGAGGAGCUGCCGUUCAAGUCGUUCGGAUACCCGUACAACGCGUGGUUCGGCCUCGUGGCCAACGUCUUCCUCGCGCUCGUGCAGGGCUGGUCGACGUUCUCGCCGUUCGUCGCUGGCGACUUUGUCGACGCGUACAUUCUCCUCCCGCUCUUCGGCAUCAUCUACUUUGGCUUCAAGAUCAUCAACAAGACGCACUUCUGGCGUGCGCACGAGAUUGACCUCGACACCGGCCGCCGCAGGGACGUCGACGACGCGGGUGCAGGCCGCCAAGCCUCGGGCCAGCGCAAGGGCUUCUGGGGUCGUAUCGCCGAGAACUUUUAACUGCUAUUAGACUGUACAUAUAGUGAUGCCACUGGGCUCUAUCUCUCUCCCUACGCUCGCUGCUAGCUCUGCUGCACGCCGUACCACGCGAGACCCGCCACACCGCCGCCCAUGACACUGAGCCAAGGCGGGGAUCCAAACGUCCGGCUCGCGACGAAUGUGCCCGAGCUGACCACGGCCCAGAACGGGUCGGAAGUCAGC